CGCCAAGAGUGGCGGGAAGCCCGCGAGAAGGACGGAAGGAUUUUGUGUGCGCCGUUUUUAGUUAGGUAUGAGUUGUGAAUGACCGCAAUGUCGCCAAUGGGGCCCGAGAAAGAGAGUGAGCGGAUGACUCGACCGGGGGGGAGCGAACCGAAUCCCACGCUGGACUGUGCAAAGAGUUCAUGACUAAAAUGACCAAAAAGGCAACGGGAAAUAUAAAGUUCUCUCGGUUUCCACUCCAAGAGAGAGGCUCAAUCCUAUCAUCAUCACAAUUUUCCCUCUCGGAAUUACUAUUUGCUCCUUCGACCGUUCCUUAUUCGAAAUCAUGCGUUCUUUCACCAUCGCCGCCGCCGCCACCACCCUGGCAAGCUUCGCUAACAGCUUGGCUGUCAGGGAUAACAGCACAACCUCGGCCAACACUGUCGACCUUUUCCUUGACGACGCGAUUAAUGGCCAGGGCCUCUACGCUGCUUCCAUCGUAAGCGUCUGCAAGGACCACACCGUCUACGCCAUCCAAUGUACCAGCGCUAGGGACGACUUGGUUGGGUCUCAGACGUGUGGACCGAAUGCUCAGGCCUUGACUGUCACGCAAGCUCCGACCGUAUUCCAGGUUACAUUUGUCACAGAGUCUACCGUGGCUGGCUACGAGGGGGAAGUGAGCCUCGCCGAGUCCUGCGAGCUGAGGGGCACCACCGAAGCGGACUGCCAGGCUACUGUUACCAUGACCGUUGAGGGUCUUACUUCGAUUGAUAGCUCGACCUCUACCCUCCUCACCGGCACCGACGUCAACUACUACCCGGUGACCAUCACCGGCGGCGCGGAAAAGACCCGCGCUGCAAGCGCUACCGAUGCUUGCAAACCCGAGGGCAACGCUGCGGCCGGAAUUGGGGCGAAUUCGGUUAGGGCAGCCGCUGCCGCUCUUGCCGUGGGUCUUAUGGGGCUUCUCGUUCUGUAAUGAUGUUGAUAACGAAUACUGGAAAGAAUGUAAUGGAGUAAUGUAGAUAGAUACCCUGACGCCCGGAAAUAUAACCUUGUUUCGAGAAAAGAAGCCGAGACGAGACGGUGCUUGUGUCAAACAGAUCCGUAUCCAUGAUCAACGGCGGCCGCGAGUAUGCAUGAUACCAAUCAUUGUGUCUGGGGCCACAACAGUGCAUGUGGCUAUAGUAGCGAAUUUGGUGAUGACUGCAUUGCAUAGGUAAACGGAACACGUUGAACAGGUGAGGUAGGUUGAAAGAAGUUGAAUAUACCUAACUGAACUUUCAAAGGAACUGAGCGAGUUCGAUUCCGCGGACGCAGGUGCGCGUCUGCAUGUGG